AAGGAUUUCUUCCUUUCUCAUACCGCUAAGCCCUCCCUCCCUCCUUUCACUCCGCUCAGCCGCCGUCACUCACUCUGUUCUCUCUCUUUCGGGCUGUCUGUCUGUCUCUUCUCUCUCCCUCUCUAUCUAUCUCUUUGCGUGCGCACAGUUACACUUGCGAAGCAAAAUGAUAAAGCGGCGAUUCUACAAGCUAGAACAUGGCGACAGAGAUGGUCCCUCGAAUUCAUCUUCAUCCUCCUCGGAUUCUGAAAUAGAACCAGAAGCCGUAGAGGACUCAGAUGAUGAUGAUGUAGUUGAAGAACUCGAGGAGGAUGCUCAGGCUUGCUCUACCUCCUCUGGAUAUCAAAGUGAGGGUAGCUCAGCAAAUGAAGUUCCUGGUGACUCGUCAGAUCUGCCAAUCAAUGAAGAUGAUGCUACAACCGGAAAUGAAAGACAAGUUCCUUUGGCCGAUCAGUUGUUUGGUAAAAGUGGUUCAGAAAUACUAGAGGAACAAUCUAACAUCGUGGCCAACGAGGAAUCUUUACCUGUUGAUUUCCCAGACUGCGUUGUCAAAUGCAAAUCAGCUUUUAAAUGCAGAAUAUGCCCUAGAGUUGUCUGUUUGAAUGAGGAGACUUUAAGGGCUCAUUUGAAAUCCAAGAGACAUGCUCGGUCUGAGAAAUUAUUGGACGAAGGUAGGUUGAAGACCAUGCUGAACACUGAUGGGAAAAUUGAAGAAGAGGAGACCCCUGCUUUAUAUGCUAGAAUUUUAGCUAAUUCGCAGGGUAUGCCGAGAAAGAAAAGUAAAAGAGAAGAGAAGAAGGUGUCAAGAAAGAAGAGAAUGAGAUAUGGUGCUAAGAAAUCCAAAGAGAACCCAGCCAAGAGAAGUCGUAAAUGAAGUACUGAGAACGUUACAUUUGUUUGCUGUCCUGCGAGAGAAGACAACUGCGAGAAAGCAAAUUCGGAUUUUGCUGGUUUGUACCGAAAUACUGCAGCCCCUUCGAAGAUUUUCAUCACU